AUGACUUUAUACGCGAGUAAGAUAUUCAAGAAUCAAUUGAAUAUAUCAGAACUAGCAAAUAUUGUUCCUGUAUAUUUGAUUUGUAUACAAUCUCUUCUACGUGUAGCAAUAAUGAUUUAUAAGAAGAAAGAAAUUGAAAGUUUCAUCAAUGAUUUGGGAGUGAUUUGGAGGAAGUCCGAUCGAAACUUUCAGCAAAUUGAAAAGAAAAGACGCCUAGUUAAACAGUUGAAGUUUUGGCAGACGAUGUAUUAUUGGAUCGAUAUAUCUGGUUCUUGGGAAUACGUUUUCGCGCCAUUAGUUUCCACAAUCAUAAGGAUUUUUAUAUUAAAACAGAAUUUUGCAUUUGCAUUACCAGUUGGUUGUGUCUAUCCAUUUGAUCCAACUUCUGAUUGGUUUAAAUAUUUGGCUACAUAUGCUUUCCAAGCGAUCAACGUUCUUCGUUACUCAUGGUUUUACAUAGGUAUUGAAUAUAUGAUGGUAAGUUUGUGCGCUGAUUUAGCUAUAGAAUUUUCAAUACUACGAGAAGAUUUACUUCGCGUGAAGCCAAACUUAAUGAACCCAGAAUUACAAUUAUCAUCGGAAACGGAUUCCGGAGACUACGAAAGAGUUUCUAUUCAGGAUUUUAUACGUCGACAUCAAAAGCUUAUAAGCUUGGCAGACAUAUUGGAUGAUGUAUUUAACAAGAUUGUUUUCGUUCAUAUUGUUAUCGUGACGAUUACUGUGGGAUUUUUUGCGUUUGCUACAACAGUGGGCACUGGCAUGGUAGGGAAAGCGAACAAUAUCGUUGGAAGUGUAGCAAUAUUGUCAACAGCUUAUGUUGUGUGUUACUACGGUGAAAUGUUGAAAGAUGAGGUAUUCAAGGAGGAAGUAAAUGCUUUUGAAGUGGCCUAUAUGAUUCCUGUUUACUUAGUAUCCGUGCAAGUGUUUUAUUGGAGCAAUAUUCUCGGAACGUGGCUACAUCUUUUAGGGCCGCUGACUUCAGUGCUGUUCCGUCGAUUCAUUUUAGGACAGUACUGUGAACUUGUGCUACCAUUUGGAAGUGUAUAUCCGUAUGAGCCAUCAGACAGUUGGUUCAAAUAUUUGGCAACAUAUGCGUUUCAGGUUUACACUAUGAGCUGUGAAGUUUAUGCCUACGUUGGUACUGAAUUUUUGAUGAUAGCACUUUGUGCAAAUAUAGCUAUUGAAUUUUCAAUAUUACGCGAGGAUUUGCUACACGUUGCACCACAUUUUAAGACGGACAAUCCUCGCAAUCAAAUGGGAAUUGGAUUAGAAACAAACUCUGAAAGUAACACGACUACUUCGAUUCAGGAUUUUAUUCGUCGACAUCAAAUGCUUAUUAGAUUAGCAAAGCAACUUGAUGACAUAUUUAAUAAAAUAAUAUUCAUAAAUUUACUCUUCGUUACUGCCACCUUAUGUUUUUUUGGUUUCGCAACUACGGUGGCCCGUGGUGCAGUAGAAACUAUGAAUAAUUUAGUAGCAGUGCUUGCGUUGUUACUUCCAACUUAUACAUUUUGUUACUACGGUGAAUUGUUGAAAGAUGAGAGUUCAGGUAUAGCGGAGUCAGCGUAUUUUAAUGAAUGGUACAAAGGAAACAUUUGUUAUCAGAGAAUGAUUAAUUUCAUUAUAGCAAGAUCGCAACGUCCUUGUUGUCUGACGUCAUUAAGACAUGUACCUGUUACAAUGAACAUGUUCACAAAGGUACUCAGCACAACUUGGUCAUAUUUUUCCUUGGCUACAAGUAUUUAUUCAAGAGGAAUUGCACAUGCAGGAAAAAAAGAUUAA